UCAGUUUAUAAUUUAGAACAGAUAUCUCAGCAGUCAUCGCAAGUUAAGCCGUAUUUGUGUACAAAGCAUAACUACAGCCAUCGCGUGACUUAUCGUCGAAACUAACCCAGAUAUUUUUUGGCCUUUUCUUUUAUUCAAAGCCUUUUAUGUCUUUGAAUCUGUUCCGCUAUCGUAGCGAGGAAGACUCUUAAAAUCGCAGCAAGUCUUCUACGUGAAAAUACGUUAAGUAUCUGGUAAACAAUUUAGGAAUUUCUGCUAGGAGGUGUAGGCGGAUAGCUGGAAAUUUCGACACAUGACGUGUUGAAAAUCGUUAACUCAAUUAAGUCUGUUCCAGACACCUUUCGUUCAUUUUGCCACGAGAUUGUAGAGAACACGGUUUUAACGAGUUAAUAUAGUCGACACUUAUAAACUUGUGUGUGCGUGUGCAAGACAGCCGAUUUAUACUUAUUUGGAAUUUAAAGGGUUGCCUCCGAGCGGUCGACUACAUUUGUCGAAAUGUAUUCACCUGUCAUAUAGCGAAUGUUUUCGUCGGCGAAAUGGAAUAAAAUUAUCAACUCGAAGUUCUCGUUUUUAAUACCAGAAAAUUCGCUAUCGAGAAGGAUCGCUCGAAUGAUCAACUUAUAUUACACUGUAGUUUCGUACAAGCCGGUCUCAAGGGAAACUGGACGCAGUUUCGUUCCAGUGUUUUGGAGGGAGGAUGCCAUAAGAUUACAACUUCCGUAUUCAGACAAAAUCGGGAAAAUAACUAUAAAACCAGGAUAAAGAAAAAUAAGUUUACACUAUGUUAUAUUAAACGCAAAUAAUGCUCAUGAUAAUUUCAUUGUUGAAUUUGCGAGAGGAGACACGGUCGAUAUUUGCCUUCAAUGCCAAGUUUGACUAAACAAGUUAUAAUUUCUUUUUUCUGCUUUUGUUUACAUUUCGGCUUUCCAUUAUGCGGCCUGUCAAAGUGUGACAUAUUGCCCUUGGCAGUGGACUAAACAGCCUUCAUAAAAUAUUCAUGCGUGCAAAUCACAUGAGUAUAUUUCUCGAUCUCAGCAAUCGUUAAGCCGGUCUUCAGUUGUAGCGAUCUUCUGCCGAGAUCUGCGUGAAUAUUUCGUCAUAGCAUGUUCAAAACAGGACAAAAGUGAUUCAUUGGCAGAACAGCUUCACUACGAUUCACGCGAUAUAUAUUCCAACAGGUUUAUGCCAAACAGGAAGUUUAUCAAAAUGACAGAGAUGGAGCUUUUCCUGGUCGAUAUUGCGGGCGACAGGAGCCUCAACGAAGAACAGCGUUUAAGACGAGACACCCUGGCAGAGAAAGUCUUAAGUUUUCGCCGGCAAAAGGAUGUUCUGAAAUCUGCAUCAUCCUAUACAUGUUCCUCCUGCUUGUCAAGAGCGUACGUGGAGCAAGUCAGCAACGUGGCCUGGCCCAAAGUCAAAUAUAACCGCCCCCGCUCGAACUCGUAUCCGUUGAUAAAGCGGUUGAACCCUCUACCUCGAGUAAUAGAGGAAGACGAAACGGCAGAAAUAGAAAAACCGGCACUGCCUCAUACACGCGUUCCUCAGGUUCAAACAUUGAAUUGGACGGAUACCAAACUCUCGGACGAAUGGCUGUACAAAAUCAACAGGCUAAGAUCUACUUUAACAUCGUUAGAUUCUUCCAGGGCUAAAGGCUCUGAUCGCGCCGAGAGGAUGCCGGGAGAAAAGCGCAGCAGUGUUGAUAAGCGAGCUGCAUUCGAAGCUUCCAACCAAGAUUCGCCUGCAGGGUGUAAAAGCGAGUCGAUCGAGCGCCUCAGAAGAGUUGUUAAAGAAGACCAUAUUCGCGAUCGUCCUUGUGUCAGGAACAAGCCUAUUUCUAAAACUGAUCACGUGCGUAAACCAGAUUCUACUUACAUCUCGUUGAUUAGUGGAUUCACGCAGAAAGAAUCACAGCGUAGAAGUCAUGAUGACGAGGCACACAAUCACACAAAGGACUCUGACUCCAAAAAGGAGAAAAACUGUAAGAAUUUGAAGUGCAUACAAAUGAACAUGUUUGUUCCAAGAAAUCUCUUCUGCUCUUCUCAAAGAAGCACUCGUCGUCAAAUGUCGAACAGUUCCGAAUAUAUUCAACAAAUAGCAAGUCUAGGAUGCUAGCUCCGACAUGUAAAAUGCGAUCAGGCAGUUUUAAAACCUGGUAAAAUAAGAGUGAGAAAUGGUUUAGGUCAUUUAGUGGAUAAAAUCCUUUGUUUUUCAUUCAUUUUACGACGAUUUUCACAUGAUCAUCUCAAGGUUUCAUUGAAUUAAUUUGAAUGACGGUGUUAUUAUCAAGGACUAGAAUAGUGUGUGAUCAUGCUAUCCUCAACGCCAGUGAUUUCUUUGUGUGGGUAGAUUUUAUGGUGUCUGUUACUUUUUUGAUCAUUAUUUCCUAGGUGAACUUUCUUGUCGUUCCAUUAAAAGGUAUUCUUUACAUGUUACAAUAUAGAAAACUACCGAUGGGUUCGCACCUGCCAAGCCUUUUCACCAGGACAAAAAUCAUGGACAUAUGCGAAGCAGUUGAUAAAGUUCUAAAGAUCUCUUCUUUAGAUGCUUGCUGUAGUAAAGUGAAAUAUAAUUUAAAUAAACAAAUAAUUUGUUCAGUGAAAUAUUGUAAUUUAUUAUAUUACAGGCACCAGUGUUUUGGUGGAAAAUUCACCACUCGUAAAAUACGAGACCCCUCUUGGACUCAAGUGCAAUAUUUUCCGUAUCGUCGACUGCCGUGUGAUAUCCCUUACGGGUUAAGUUGCAAAUAUAUUCAGUGAAAGUGCAGUUCUUUGCUACAAUCUAGAAGUCAUGGACAACAUGAGACACGAAUGUUGUAAAACCAGUUAAAGAUCUGACGAAAUUUAGAUUUUAUCAAAUUGAGUUAAUGUAUAUUAAGAAAUGAUCCGGCUAUGUUCGUUUGCCAAGCUUUGACCAAAGAAUAAAUCAUAAGAAUUUGUCAUGCAUUUUACUGGUAGUCGUUGAUUGCCUUUUUACAUGUUGCUUCCCUCAUCGUUGAAUGUUUGACGUUUUUUCCCAUGCAGUGAUUGACUUUUUUCCAUGCCUCCUCCAGGCCCUUUGUGCCCAAGAGAAGUAUGGUCACGUUGAAUUAAUUUAAUGCCUUUCCUCUAACUAUAAUCAAACUUAAAAAUAUCGAGUAUCCGUUAACUGGAUUGAUCAUGAUCUAUAAAAUUGAAUAUAGCGUUCUCUGGAAAAAAAAAAAAAA